AUGGAUAGCGGCGUCCGCUCUGGGGAAAAAACACGGCGCCUAUUACUUCACCUCCUGAGUCUGGAGACUGUCAGGUUUAUGGGCUGUAGACGGCAGUCCGGUGAGUGCCAGGUUUAUGAGCUGAAGACGGCAGUCCGCGGCCAUUUCUGCACGGUAAGUACGACAAAGUUAGUAUCUAAGACUGACAAAUGCACCGAAUUCACCAGCAAUGCCAUCAACGGCUUCUUCCUGAAUCGGACAGCAUCAGGCCUGGCUGAUCUGACUGAGAAGCAACUGAAGGAUAAAGUGGACAGCUGGAAUAAGAACCCGGAUUACAGCGCCGAUUCAAUCUGCGAGUCCUCCUGCGUUAAUGGCGGCGUGUGUACUGAACCAAACGUCUGCGACUGUCCCGAGGGCUUUAGCGGCUACCGGUGUGAAGACCGGCUCAGUGAUGUAACAGAUCAGCUACGGUUUUGUUACAAGGGGAAAAACUGCUACGGGAUCAAAAAGACGGACUUUGACGGACUUGUCGUUCCAAUGGAGGAAUGUUGUGACUCCGGGGAUGGCGGCAGUUGGGGUGUUCCUGGUCUCAUGUGUACUCCCUGUCUGCUACAAGAAAAACCACUGGGCGAAAACGUGACAUCUACUGUGGUGGCAACGAACAACAACCUUGGUUUUGCCACCUGUUUGAACUUCGGUCCAAGUUACUACAGGACAUUCGACGGACUGGAGUACAACUUCCCCGGGCGCUGUAACUACAUACUUGCCAGGGAAGAAAACAUUUGGUCCAUCGAAAUGGAAGUCAGGGAUUGUGACAGAUUUGACACCUGCCGCAAGAAACUGAAGAUGGCAUUUAGUUCAGUGACCAUCAUCGAAGCUGAAGGUUUUGAAGUGUCGGUUAACGGAAAGCCAGUUGAUCUUGGCAAGGGCUUCGCCGGAGAUGGUGUGACGAUUUCUAUGGCUGGAGAUUUCGUUUUCGUGUCAAACUCCCGUGGAAUUCGACUGAAGUUUGACGACAAGUCCACGGUGUACGUGACACUGGACGAUAACUUCCUGGACGUCCCAGUCCAGGGCCUGUGCGGAAAUUACAACGGAAAGCCCGAGGAUGAACUGACAACGCUACAACUGACAACAGUCACAGAUAUCAUGGCUUUUGGGAACUCUUAUGUCAUCCCAGACUUGGAGAAUCUAUGCGAUCCCGCACAAAAGAUAGACUACCAAUGCAGCAGGGCGGAGGCAGAGAGUGAAGCUAUGAGAGCUUGUGGCCACAUCCGGGGACCUCUCUUCAGUGACUGUCACGGACUGGUGGACUCUUUAUUGUGGUAUCACCGCUGUGUCAGUGAGCACUGUGCCGCCGAGAAAGACGGUAAAGAGGCCCAGCAAGCCGUACUCUGUGAAUACCUGUCCGCCUUCGGAAGAGCCUGCUCUGAAAUGGGAGAAGCCAUUGAGUGGCGCUCCGAAGCCUUGUGUCCCAAAUCUUGCCCGGCUAAUAUGGUGUUUUCGGAAUGUACGUCUGUUUGCCCGGUCACGUGUUCGUCGGUACACUCUAUCAUGGGCGAGCAGUGUGUGAAGCAGUGUGUAUCCGGGUGUCACUGCGAACAGGGCAGUGUCCUGGACAACGGUGUGUGCAUCCCUGCUGAGGAAUGUCCAUGUUACUAUCACAGAAAACGCUACAACAACACCGAGGAAAUCAAGAUGGGAUGUAACCACUGCAAAUGUAACCGAGGGAAAUGGGAAUGCGAGGCGGACCAAUGCUCGUCCUCUUGCUCUGUGAUUGGCUACUCUCAUAUUCAGACCUUUGAUGGAGAAAGAUACGAGUUCCAACCCGCAGCUUGUGACUAUAUCCUUGUCGAGCCUGAACGCGGUCAAGUCGGAGAAGACGCCAGAGCGGAUUUCAACAUCAAACUCUUGUACGAGCAGUGUGACGCGGUCAGACAGUUGAGCUGUGUAAAGGGUCUUAUUCUUAGUUAUCGGGGCUCCACAGUUCGGCUGGAAAAAACUUCUGUCGUCAGCAUCAACGGUAAAAACAUGCUAAAGAAUCUGCCCUACUCCUCCAGAAACAUCUACGUCAAACAAGUGACAUCCAUGUUUAAGAUGGUCAGUGGGUUCGGCUUCCGAGUCCUGUAUGACGGAGAUAGCCGAGUGUACGUCAAGGUCGAGCCGUUCUUCAAGAACAAGAUCCGCGGGUUAUGUGGAAAGUUCAACUACCGCAAGGAUGACGAGUUUACAGUACCUUCUGGCAUCGUGGAGUUCAAGUUCAAAGAUUUUGCUAUGACCUACAAAGAUUCCUCUUGCACAGCGCCUGUUCCGGUGAUCGAAGACCCCUGCAUCUCUGAACCAUAUCGCAUCCAAGCCCGAAACACGUGCCGGUUUAUCAAGGAUCCUCUAUUGUUCGCUGACUGUUUCACCGAGGUAGAUGCUGAGGUCUACUUCAAGAUGUGUGUGUAUGACGUAUGCUCCAAGGCCGAUCCGGAGGACCACACUCCCAUGUGCACGGUGGUGGCAGCUCUGGCGCGGGAAUGUGCUGUACAGGGCGCGCUUAUAGACUGGAGAGAGCUCGGAGAUCUGCCAUUACUCUGCCCUGCCAAUUGUCCUGCAUCUGGUCAGCACUACUCUGAAUGUUCACCCGUGUGUGAGGGGAGCUGCCGAGACCUGGCCAUGGGACGGGAGAACUGUGAAGAAGAGUGUAUUGCCGGCUGUAUGUGCAGUGACGGACAGUACAUGGACGACUUCGGCCAGUGUGUGUCACAGGAAGAGUGUACCUGUUACGACAAAUACAACCCGGCCCAGCAGAUCUAUAAGCCUAACGCCGUCAUUAGGAGGAAGUGUACUGACUGUGUUUGUACAAACGGCACCUGGGCAUGUGGUAAAGAGUCGUGUAAAGAGGAAGUCUUGUGCCCAAAGAACCAGGUGUGGCUGGAGGACGUGUCGCCGUGUCAACCGACAUGCGCAACCAUGGACCACCCGACUUCCUGUCCGGAAGAAGCAGUCUAUGAAGGAUGCGGUUGCCCUGGCAACAUGACCCUAUCCCCUGAUGGUAAUUGCGUUGAGGCGAGAGACUGCCCUUGCUCUCAUGGCGGGAAAUGGUACCAGCCAGGAGCAACUGUGAAGAUCGGAUGCAAAGAGCUGUCUUGCCGCAAUCGUGCAUGGGUGAAGAUCAGCGAAACUGAUUGUCCAGCGACUUGCUGGGCGUCUGGUGACCCUCAUUACACCACCUUUGACGGCCUACAUUACUCAUUCAUGGGUGCCUGUAGCUACAUCCUUGCCCGGGACUCCAGUCCGGAAAACUAUUUCGAGGUGACGGCAGAGAACGUGCCAUGUGGCUCUACAGGGGUGACCUGCACCAAGUCUGUGUACGUCCGCAUCAACGAGGCCACCAUCCACCUAAUGAGAGGCAAGAACACCACGCUAAACAACAUCACACUCCUGGAGAGCCAAUAUGACGUGAAAGGCCUGAAAAUCGUGCGAGCCGGGUUUUUCGUGAACGUCAUUACUGACAAAGGGCUCACAGUUCAGUGGGAUUCAGGUACUCGAGUUUUCAUCCACCUGUCUAAAUCUUGGGCGAACAAGGUCGAGGGUAUGUGCGGAGAUUUCGACGGGAAUUCAGAGAACGAUUUCAAGUCCGCGUCAGGUAGCAUCGAGACGAGACCCAGCGCGUUUGGGGACAGCUGGAAAGUGGCAUCUUCUUGCUCAGACGUUGACCAGGAUGCUCCAAGUGACGAUACAGAGGCUUGUGGCGGACGACUGAAGUUCAGAGAGACCUGGGCUGUAGAUUCCUGUACCAUCAUCAAGUCUGGGGCCAUUUUCGAGGGAUGCCGAAAAGCGAUGCCACAGACAGUCGUCAACAGCUACUACGAGGACUGUCUGUUCGACGCCUGCAGGUGUGACUCCGGUGGAGACUGUGAGUGUCUCUGUACAGCCAUCGCUAACUUCGCUGAGGAGUGUAACAGUAAAGGUGUCCCCGUCAAGUGGAGGCACCAGAGACUCUGUCCCAUUCAGUGUGAGAACAACUCAGUGUAUAAGCCAUGUGGGUCACCAUGCCCUCAAACAUGCAGGAACAUAGGGGACGAUCCGGAGCCGUACUGUAAGGCCACUCACUGCAUUGAGGGCUGCUUCUGUCCGGAUGGCUACGUACAAGGCGACUCUGGGUGUAUCCCUGCUAUGGAGUGUGGUUGUAUGUUCAACGGUAUAGAGUACCCGGCGGGAACUUCACUGACAGACAACUGCAGAAACUGCACAUGCGAGUCGGGCAAAUUCGAGUGUGUCGGGGAGAAGUGCGUGGUUCAAUGCUCUGACUCUGAGUUUACUUGUGAAGAUGGGACGUGCGUUGACAAGAGCUACUACUGUGACGGAUUUAUGGACUGUCAUGAUGGUUCCGAUGAGGCAUGCUCCAUCACCUGUAGCCCGAAGGAUUUCCAGUGCGUCUCUGACGGCCAUUGUAUCGACGCCCAGUACCACUGUGAUGGUGCCAUGGACUGUAGUGAUAAUUCUGACGAACUCGAUUGUGCGCCCCCUACCUGCGAAAACACGGAGUUCACGUGCAACAACUCCAGGUGUAUCCCGAGGACAUUUCACUGUGACGGAGAGCACGACUGCGGCUUCGGGGAUCUGUCGGACGAAGUAAACUGCAAUGUCACAGAAAAGGAAGGAUGUCCACCUGUUCGCCACUUCCGCUGUGGAAAUGGCGCAUGUGUACCAUCGACACUUAGAUGUGAUCUCCAUGACGACUGUGGAGAUGGGAGUGAUGAAAUCAACUGCAAUUGCACGUGUGCCCCUAACAUGUUUACCUGUGAGAACUGCGAGUGUAUACCUGCUCGACAGGAAUGUGACGGCACCGAUCAGUGCGGGGACGGUUCCGACGAGCUGUGUGUUUGUGAUCAGAAUCAGUUUGGCUGCGAUAGUGGAACCUGUAUCAACGCUACCCAGGUGUGCGACGGGAACAUGGAUUGUACUGACAACUCCGAUGAGACAGGUUGUUUCAUAUCAACCCCAACAAAUUUCCCACCCACACCCACUGCCACUGUUCCAGUUGAACUAGCAUGUUCGGCCAUGGAUGGCUCAAAAAGCGAAGUUGUUUCUACAGAGAGCAUGAUCGUUUCCAGCAAUCAGGACCAGGUGGAUUUACUGGGACCAGAAGGUUCUCCCUGGACUUCAGACCCUCUGGACAAUGCGCCCACGGUUACUGUAACCCUUGGCCCAAGUGAAGUUGUUACCAUGGGCAGUGUUGAACUGUCUCAACCAGACACGGCGAAUGUUGACUCAUUUGAAAUCAAACUGGCUUUGGAGAAUGGGACCACAGUGCCUUUCACCAUAUCAAACCAUCCCUCAGGCAAAUUCAAUGUUGGGGACGUUGUUGCUUUUCCUGUUCAGAUUAUGGUCACACAAGUCAUAAUUGUUUUCUCCAAAGCUGAACCACAACAACCGCUGUCUGUCAAAAUGACGGUCAAGAAAUGUGUCUACUUAACAGAAAGUACAACUCCAUCUGUGUGUGAGAUUGUUGAGGGCAUGACAGACCCAACUGUCAUACCGGAUGAGAGCAUUUCCACAAACGACGAUAACACAGAUGUUAGCAAGUUGAGACCCACGAGUGAAGAACCGUACACGAGCCGCGCUCCCAGACCAAGUGUUACUGUAACACUGUCACCGAUCAGUGAGGUGCCCUUGGGAAGUGUUAGCCUGUUGCCAAAAUCUCCUGAGAGUAACAUCAAAAAGUUUACUGUGGAAAUUCAGCCGCUGGGAUCUGAAGAAUUUACGGCAUACGAAGGACCAGAAUCGCCUCUGAAGGAGAUUGACGGUACUGAGAGUCUGGUAUUCCCGCCUGAAGUUACAGCACAACGCAUCAGAGUGGUCGUUUCUGAGAAGGUUGACCCUGAGUCCCCUGUGAACUUCAAACUUGAUGUCCGCGCCUGCUUUAAGACCACAACAACAACGCCAAGGGUUACACCAUUUACCAGUGUACAACCUGCUCCGGGAACACCGAGUGUGAUUUUGCCACCUGGUACACCAUCUGUAGUACAGCCACCUGUCACUCCAAGCGUGAUACUACCACCGCUGACACCGAGCGUCAAACCUCCUCCAGGAACACCGAGUGUGAUUUUGCCACCUGGUACCCCGACGGUGGUGACCUUGCCAAGCACAACUAGUUCGUUUACACCUGCUCCUUCUUGCCUGGAUGUAGAAGGUGUUGUAGGAGAAGACGUCCCUACAGAGAGUAUGUCCGUGUCUAGUAAUCAAGACCAAGUAGAUCUACUGGGACAGGAAGGUUCCUCCUGGACUUCAAACCCCUCAGAUGUGGAGCCAUCUGUCACGGUGACAGUAGACGAGGAAGGCUCAGGGGCUGUAGGUAGCCUGAGACUUCCUGGUGUAGGAACAGAAAAUGUGAAAGACUUCCUCAUCAUGUUGGUUGAUAAAGACGACAACAUGACACCCUUUGUACCAGAGUAUCGUCCAUCUGGUACGUUUAACGUUGGAGAGCUGGUUGUUUUCCCGGUUGACACGGUGGUUGCCAAAGUAAAGAUACUUAUUGAGAAGACAAGUCCCCUUCUACCAGUUUCAACAAAAUUAUCCGUGAAGAAAUGUGUACCCGUCAGUGAAGGUACAACUCCGUCUGUGUGUGAGAUUGUUGAGGGCAUGGCGGACCCAACUGUCAUACCGGAUGAGAGCAUUUCCACAAACGACGAUAACACAGAUGUUAGCAAGUUGAGACCCACGAGUGAAGAACCGUACACGAGCCGCGCUCCCAGACCAAGUGUUACUGUAACACUGUCACCGAUCAGUGAGGUGCCCUUGGGAAGUGUUAGCCUGUUGCCAAAAUCUCCUGAGAGUAACAUCAAAAAGUUUACUGUGGAAAUUCAGCCGCUGGGAUCUGAAGAAUUUACGGCAUACGAAGGACCAGAAUCGCCUCUGAAGGAGAUUGACGGUACUGAGAGUCUGGUAUUCCCGCCUGAAGUUACAGCACAACGCAUCAGAGUGAUCGUUUCUGAGAAGGUUGACCCUGAGUCCCCUGUGAACUUCAAACUUGAUGUCCGCGCCUGCUUUAAGACCACAACAACAACGCCAAGGGUUACACCAUUUACCAGUGUACAACCUCCUCCGGGAACACCGAGUGUGAUUUUGCCACCUGGUACACCAUCUGUAGUACAGCCACCUGUCACUCCAAGCGUGAUACUACCACCGCUGACACCGAGCGUCAAACCUCCUCCAGGAACACCGAGUGUGAUUUUGCCACCUGGUACCCCGACGGUGGUGACCUUGCCAAGCACAACUAGUUCGUUUACACCUGCUCCUUCUUGCCUGGAUGUAGAAGGUGUUGUAGGAGAAGACGUCCCUACAGAGAGUAUGUCCGUGUCUAGUAAUCAAGACCAAGUAGAUCUACUGGGACAGGAAGGUUCCUCCUGGACUUCAAGCCCCUCAGAUGUGGAGCCAUCUGUCACGGUGACAGUAGACGAGGAAGGCUCAGGGGCUGUAGGUAGCCUGAGACUUCCUGGUGUAGGAACAGAAAAUGUGAAAGACUUCCUCAUCAUGUUGGUUGAUAAAGACGACAACAUGACACCCUUUGUACCAGAGUAUCGUCCAUCUGGUACGUUUAACGUUGGAGAGCUGGUUGUUUUCCCGGUUGACACGGUGGUUGCCAAAGUAAAGAUACUUAUUGAGAAGACAAGUCCCCUUCUACCAGUUUCAACAAAAUUAUCCGUGAAGAAAUGUGUACCCGUCAGUGAAGGUACAACUCCGUCUGUGUGUGAGAUUGUUGAGGGCAUGGCGGACCCAACUGUCAUACCGGAUGAGAGCAUUUCCACAAACGACGAUAACACAGAUGUUAGCAAGUUGAGACCCACGAGUGAAGAACCGUACACGAGCCGCGCUCCCAGACCAAGUGUUACUGUAACACUGUCACCGAUCAGUGAGGUGCCCUUGGGAAGUGUUAGCCUGUUGCCAAAAUCUCCUGAGAGUAACAUCAAAAAGUUUACUGUGGAAAUUCAGCCGCUGGGAUCUGAAGAAUUUACGGCAUACGAAGGACCAGAAUCGCCUCUGAAGGAGAUUGACGGUACUGAGAGUCUGGUAUUCCCGCCUGAAGUUACAGCACAACGCAUCAGAGUGAUCGUUUCUGAGAAGGUUGACCCUGAGUCCCCUGUGAACUUCAAACUUGAUGUCCGCGCCUGCUUUAAGACCACAACAACAACGCCAAGGGUUACACCAUUUACCAGUGUACAACCUCCUCCGGGAACACCGAGUGUGAUUUUGCCACCUGGUACACCAUCUGUAGUACAGCCACCUGUCACUCCAAGCGUGAUACUACCACCGCUGACACCGAGCGUCAAACCUCCUCCAGGAACACCGAGUGUGAUUUUGCCACCUGGUACCCCGACGGUGGUGACCUUGCCAAGCACAACUAGUUCGUUUACACCUGCUCCUUCUUGCCUGGAUGUAGAAGGUGUUGUAGGAGAAGACGUCCCUACAGAGAGUAUGUCCGUGUCUAGUAAUCAAGACCAAGUAGAUCUACUGGGACAGGAAGGUUCCUCCUGGACUUCAAGCCCCUCAGAUGUGGAGCCAUCUGUCACGGUGACAGUAGACGAGGAAGGCUCAGGGGCUGUAGGUAGCCUGAGACUUCCUGGUGUAGGAACAGAAAAUGUGAAAGACUUCCUCAUCAUGUUGGUUGAUAAAGACGACAACAUGACACCCUUUGUACCAGAGUAUCGUCCAUCUGGUACGUUUAACGUUGGAGAGCUGGUUGUUUUCCCGGUUGACACGGUGGUUGCCAAAGUAAAGAUACUUAUUGAGAAGACAAGUCCCCUUCUACCAGUUUCAACAAAAUUAUCCGUGAAGAAAUGUGUACCCGUCAGUGAAGGUACAACUCCGUCUGUGUGUGAGAUUGUUGAGGGCAUGGCGGACCCAACUGUCAUACCGGAUGAGAGCAUUUCCACAAACGACGAUAACACAGAUGUUAGCAAGUUGAGACCCACGAGUGAAGAACCGUACACGAGCCGCGCUCCCAGACCAAGUGUUACUGUAACACUGUCACCGAUCAGUGAGGUGCCCUUGGGAAGUGUUAGCCUGUUGCCAAAAUCUCCUGAGAGUAACAUCAAAAAGUUUACUGUGGAAAUUCAGCCGCUGGGAUCUGAAGAAUUUACGGCAUACGAAGGACCAGAAUCGCCUCUGAAGGAGAUUGACGGUACUGAGAGUCUGGUAUUCCCGCCUGAAGUUACAGCACAACGCAUCAGAGUGAUCGUUUCUGAGAAGGUUGACCCUGAGUCCCCUGUGAACUUCAAACUUGAUGUCCGCGCCUGCUUUAAGACCACAACAACAACGCCAAGGGUUACACCAUUUACCAGUGUACAACCUCCUCCGGGAACACCGAGUGUGAUUUUGCCACCUGGUACACCAUCUGUAGUACAGCCACCUGUCACUCCAAGCGUGAUACUACCACCGCUGACACCGAGCGUCAAACCUCCUCCAGGAACACCGAGUGUGAUUUUGCCACCUGGUACCCCGACGGUGGUGACCUUGCCAAGCACAACUAGUUCGUUUACACCUGCUCCUUCUUGCCUGGAUGUAGAAGGUGUUGUAGGAGAAGACGUCCCUACAGAGAGUAUGUCCGUGUCUAGUAAUCAAGACCAAGUAGAUCUACUGGGACAGGAAGGUUCCUCCUGGACUUCAAGCCCCUCAGAUGUGGAGCCAUCUGUCACGGUGACAGUAGACGAGGAAGGCUCAGGGGCUGUAGGUAGCCUGAGACUUCCUGGUGUAGGAACAGAAAAUGUGAAAGACUUCCUCAUCAUGUUGGUUGAUAAAGACGACAACAUGACACCCUUUGUACCAGAGUAUCGUCCAUCUGGUACGUUUAACGUUGGAGAGCUGGUUGUUUUCCCGGUUGACACGGUGGUUGCCAAAGUAAAGAUACUUAUUGAGAAGACAAGUCCCCUUCUACCAGUUUCAACACAAUUAUCCGUGAAGAAAUGUGUACCCGUCAGUGAAGGUACAACUCCGUCUGUGUGUGAGAUUGUUGAGGGCAUGGCGGACCCAACUGUCAUACCGGAUGAGAGCAUUUCCACAAACGACGAUAACACAGAUGUUAGCAAGUUGAGACCCACGAGUGAAGAACCGUACACGAGCCGCGCUCCCAGACCAAGUGUUACUGUAACACUGUCACCGAUUAGUGAGGUGCCCUUGGGAAGUGUUAGCCUGUUGCCAAAAUCUCCUGAGAGUAACAUCAAAAAGUUUACUGUGGAAAUUCAGCCGCUGGGAUCUGAAGAAUUUAUGGCAUACGAAGGACCAGAAUCGCCUCUGAAGGAGAUUGACGGUACUGAGAGUCUGGUAUUCCCGCCUGAAGUUACAGCACAACGCAUCAGAGUGAUCGUUUCUGAGAAGGUUGACCCUGAGUCCCCUGUGAACUUCAAACUUGAUGUCCGCGCCUGCUUUAAGACCACAACAACAACGCCAAGGGUUACACCAUUUACCAGUGUACAACCUCCUCCGGGAACACCGAGUGUGAUUUUGCCACCUGGUACACCAUCUGUAGUACAGCCACCUGUCACUCCAAGCGUGAUACUACCACCGCUGACACCGAGCGUCAAACCUCCUCCAGGAACACCGAGUGUGAUUUUGCCACCUGGUACCCCGACGGUGGUGACCUUGCCAAGCACAACUAGUUCGUUUACACCUGCUCCUUCUUGCCUGGAUGUAGAAGGUGUUGUAGGAGAAGACGUCCCUACAGAGAGUAUGUCCGUGUCUAGUAAUCAAGACCAAGUAGAUCUACUGGGACAGGAAGGUUCCUCCUGGACUUCAAGCCCCUCAGAUGUGGAGCCAUCUGUCACGGUGACAGUAGACGAGGAAGGCUCAGGGGCUGUAGGUAGCCUGAGACUUCCUGGUGUAGGAACAGAAAAUGUGAAAGACUUCCUCAUCAUGUUGGUUGAUAAAGACGACAACAUGACACCCUUUGUACCAGAGUAUCGUCCAUCUGGUACGUUUAACGUUGGAGAGCUGGUUGUUUUCCCGGUUGACACGGUGGUUGCCAAAGUAAAGAUACUUAUUGAGAAGACAAGUCCCCUUCUACCAGUUUCAACAAAAUUAUCCGUGAAGAAAUGUGUACCCGUCAGUGAAGGUACAACUCCGUCUGUGUGUGAGAUUGUUGAGGGCAUGGCGGACCCAACUGUCAUACCGGAUGAGAGCAUUUCCACAAACGACGAUAACACAGAUGUUAGCAAGUUGAGACCCACGAGUGAAGAACCGUACACGAGCCGCGCUCCCAGACCAAGUGUUACUGUAACACUGUCACCGAUCAGUGAGGUGCCCUUGGGAAGUGUUAGCCUGUUGCCAAAAUCUCCUGAGAGUAACAUCAAAAAGUUUACUGUGGAAAUUCAGCCGCUGGGAUCUGAAGAAUUUACGGCAUACGAAGGACCAGAAUCGCCUCUGAAGGAGAUUGACGGUACUGAGAGUCUGGUAUUCCCGCCUGAAGUUACAGCACAACGCAUCAGAGUGAUCGUUUCUGAGAAGGUUGACCCUGAGUCCCCUGUGAACUUCAAACUUGAUGUCCGCGCCUGCUUUAAGACCACAACAACAACGCCAAGGGUUACACCAUUUACCAGUGUACAACCUCCUCCGGGAACACCGAGUGUGAUUUUGCCACCUGGUACACCAUCUGUAGUACAGCCACCUGUCACUCCAAGCGUGAUACUACCACCGCUGACACCGAGCGUCAAACCUCCUCCAGGAACACCGAGUGUGAUUUUGCCACCUGGUACCCCGACGGUGGUGACCUUGCCAAGCACAACUAGUUCGUUUACACCUGCUCCUUCUUGCCUGGAUGUAGAAGGUGUUGUAGGAGAAGACGUCCCUACAGAGAGUAUGUCCGUGUCUAGUAAUCAAGACCAAGUAGAUCUACUGGGACAGGAAGGUUCCUCCUGGACUUCAAGCCCCUCAGAUGUGGAGCCAUCUGUCACGGUGACAGUAGACGAGGAAGGCUCAGGGGCUAUAGGUAGCCUGAGACUUCCUGGUGUUGGAACAGAAAAUGUGAAAGACUUCCUCAUCAUGUUGGUUGAUAAAGACGACAACAUGACACCCUUUGUACCAGAGUAUCGUCCAUCUGGUACGUUUAACGUUGGAGAGCUGGUUUUUUUUCCGGUUGACACGGUGGUUGCCAAAGUAAAGAUACUUAUUGAGAAGACAAGUCCCCUUCUACCAGUUUCAACAAAAUUAUCCGUGAAGAAAUGUGUACCCGUCAGUGAAGGUACAACUCCGUCUGUGUGUGAGAUUGUUGAGGGCAUGGCGGACCCAACUGUCAUACCGGAUGAGAGCAUUUCCACAAACGACGAUAACACAGAUGUUAGCAAGUUGAGACCCACGAGUGAAGAACCGUACACGAGCCGCGCUCCCAGACCAAGUGUUACUGUAACACUGUCACCGAUCAGUGAGGUGCCCUUGGGAAGUGUUAGCCUGUUGCCAAAAUCUCCUGAGAGUAACAUCAAAAAGUUUACUGUGGAAAUUCAGCCGCUGGGAUCUGAAGAAUUUACGGCAUACGAAGGACCAGAAUCGCCUCUGAAGGAGAUUGACGGUACUGAGAGUCUGGUAUUCCCGCCUGAAGUUACAGCACAACGCAUCAGAGUGAUCGUUUCUGAGAAGGUUGACCCUGAGUCCCCUGUGAACUUCAAACUUGAUGUCCGCGCCUGCUUUAAGACCACAACAACAACGCCAAGGGUUACACCAUUUACCAGUGUACAACCUCCUCCGGGAACACCGAGUGUGAUUUUGCCACCUGGUACACCAUCUGUAGUACAGCCACCUGUCACUCCAAGCGUGAUACUACCACCGCUGACACCGAGCGUCAAACCUCCUCCAGGAACACCGAGUGUGAUUUUGCCACCUGGUACCCCGACGGUGGUGACCUUGCCAAGCACAACUAGUUCGUUUACACCUGCUCCUUCUUGCCUGGAUGUAGAAGGUGUUGUAGGAGAAGACGUCCCUACAGAGAGUAUGUCCGUGUCUAGUAAUCAAGACCAAGUAGAUCUACUGGGACAGGAAGGUUCCUCCUGGACUUCAAGCCCCUCAGAUGUGGAGCCAUCUGUCACGGUGACAGUAGACGAGGAAGGCUCAGGGGCUGUAGGUAGCCUGAGACUUCCUGGUGUAGGAACAGAAAAUGUGAAAGACUUCCUCAUCAUGUUGGUUGAUAAAGACGACAACAUGACACCCUUUGUACCAGAGUAUCGUCCAUCUGGUACGUUUAACGUUGGAGAGCUGGUUGUUUUCCCGGUUGACACGGUGGUUGCCAAAGUAAAGAUACUUAUUGAGAAGACAAGUCCCCUUCUACCAGUUUCAACACAAUUAUCCGUGAAGAAAUGUGUACCCGUCAGUGAAGGUACAACUCCGUCUGUGUGUGAGAUUGUUGAGGGCAUGGCGGACCCAACUGUCAUACCGGAUGAGAGCAUUUCCACAAACGACGAUAACACAGAUGUUAGCAAGUUGAGACCCACGAGUGAAGAACCGUACACGAGCCGCGCUCCCAGACCAAGUGUUACUGUAACACUGUCACCGAUCAGUGAGGUGCCCUUGGGAAGUGUUAGCCUGUUGCCAAAAUCUCCUGAGAGUAACAUCAAAAAGUUUACUGUGGAAAUUCAGCCGCUGGGAUCUGAAGAAUUUACGGCAUACGAAGGACCAGAAUCGCCUCUGAAGGAGAUUGACGGUACUGAGAGUCUGGUAUUCCCGCCUGAAGUUACAGCACAACGCAUCAGAGUGAUCGUUUCUGAGAAGGUUGACCCUGAGUCCCCUGUGAACUUCAAACUUGAUGUCCGCGCCUGCUUUAAGACCACAACAACAACGCCAAGGGUUACACCAUUUACCAGUGUACAACCUCCUCCGGGAACACCGAGUGUGAUUUUGCCACCUGGUACACCAUCUGUAGUACAGCCACCUGUCACUCCAAGCGUGAUACUACCACCGCUGACACCGAGCGUCAAACCUCCUCCAGGAACACCGAGUGUGAUUUUGCCACCUGGUACCCCGACGGUGGUGACCUUGCCAAGCACAACUAGUUCGUUUACACCUGCUCCUUCUUGCCUGGAUGUAGAAGGUGUUGUAGGAGAAGACGUCCCUACAGAGAGUAUGUCCGUGUCUAGUAAUCAAGACCAAGUAGAUCUACUGGGACAGGAAGGUUCCUCCUGGACUUCAAGCCCCUCAGAUGUGGAGCCAUCUGUCACGGUGACAGUAGACGAGGAAGGCUCAGGGGCUGUAGGUAGCCUGAGACUUCCUGGUGUAGGAACAGAAAAUGUGAAAGACUUCCUCAUCAUGUUGGUUGAUAAAGACGACAACAUGACACCCUUUGUACCAGAGUAUCGUCCAUCUGGUACGUUUAACGUUGGAGAGCUGGUUGUUUUCCCGGUUGACACGGUGGUUGCCAAAGUAAAGAUACUUAUUGAGAAGACAAGUCCCCUUCUACCAGUUUCAACACAAUUAUCCGUGAAGAAAUGUGUACCCGUCAGUGAAGGUACAACUCCGUCUGUGUGUGAGAUUGUUGAGGGCAUGGCGGACCCAACUGUCAUACCGGAUGAGAGCAUUUCCACAAACGACGAUAACACAGAUGUUAGCAAGUUGAGACCCACGAGUGAAGAACCGUACACGAGCCGCGCUCCCAGACCAAGUGUUACUGUAACACUGUCACCGAUCAGUGAGGUGCCCUUGGGAAGUGUUAGCCUGUUGCCAAAAUCUCCUGAGAGUAACAUCAAAAAGUUUACUGUGGAAAUUCAGCCGCUGGGAUCUGAAGAAUUUACGGCAUACGAAGGACCAGAAUCGCCUCUGAAGGAGAUUGACGGUACUGAGAGUCUGGUAUUCCCGCCUGAAGUUACAGCACAACGCAUCAGAGUGAUCGUUUCUGAGAAGGUUGACCCUGAGUCCCCUGUGAACUUCAAACUUGAUGUCCGCGCCUGCUUUAAGACCACAACAACAACGCCAAGGGUUACACCAUUUACCAGUGUACAACCUCCUCCGGGAACACCGAGUGUGAUUUUGCCACCUGGUACACCAUCUGUAGUACAGCCACCUGUCACUCCAAGCGUGAUACUACCACCGCUGACACCGAGCGUCAAACCUCCUCCAGGAACACCGAGUGUGAUUUUGCCACCUGGUACCCCGACGGUGGUGACCUUGCCAAGCACAACUAGUUCGUUUACACCUGCUCCUUCUUGCCUGGAUGUAGAAGGUGUUGUAGGAGAAGACGUCCCUACAGAGAGUAUGUCCGUGUCUAGUAAUCAAGACCAAGUAGAUCUACUGGGACAGGAAGGUUCCUCCUGGACUUCAAGCCCCUCAGAUGUGGAGCCAUCUGUCAUGGUGACAGUAGACGAGGAAGGCUCAGGGGCUGUAGGUAGCCUGAGACUUCCUGGUGUUGGAACAGAAAAUGUGAAAGACUUCCUCAUCAUGUUGGUUGAUAAAGACGACAACAUGACACCCUUUGUACCAGAGUAUCGUCCAUCUGGUACGUUUAACGUUGGAGAGCUGGUUUUUUUUCCGGUUGACACGGUAGUUGCCAAAGUAAAGAUACUUAUUGAGAAGACAAGUCCCCUUCUACCAGUUUCAACAAAAUUAUCCGUGAAGAAAUGUGUACCCGUCAGUGAAGGUACAACUCCGUCUGUGUGUGAGAUUGUUGAGGGCAUGGCGGACCCAACUGUCAUACCGGAUGAGAGCAUUUCCACAAACGACGAUAACACAGAUGUUAGCAAGUUGAGACCCACGAGUGAAGAACCGUACACGAGCCGCGCUCCCAGACCAAGUGUUACUGUAACACUGUCACCGAUCAGUGAGGUGCCCUUGGGAAGUGUUAGCCUGUUGCCAAAAUCUCCUGAGAGUAACAUCAAAAAGUUUACUGUGGAAAUUCAGCCGCUGGGAUCUGAAGAAUUUACGGCAUACGAAGGACCAGAAUCGCCUCUGAAGGAGAUUGACGGUACUGAGAGUCUGGUAUUCCCGCCUGAAGUUACAGCACAACGCAUCAGAGUGAUCGUUUCUGAGAAGGUUGACCCUGAGUCCCCUGUGAACUUCAAACUUGAUGUCCGCGCGUGCUUUAAGACCACAACAACAACGCCAAGGGUUACACCAUUUACCAGUGUACAACCUCCUCCGGGAACACCGAGUGUGAUUUUGCCACCUGGUACACCAUCUGUAGUACAGCCACCUGUCACUCCAAGCGUGAUACUACCACCGCUGACACCGAGCGUCAAACCUCCUCCAGGAACACCGAGUGUGAUUUUGCCACCUGGUACCCCGGCGGUGGUGACCUUGCCAAGCACAACUAGUUCGUUUACACCUGCUCCUUCUUGCCUGGAUGUAGAAGGUGUUGUAGGAGAAGACGUCCCUACAGAGAGUAUGUCCGUGUCUAGUAAUCAAGACCAAGUAGAUCUACUGGGACAGGAAGGUUCCUCCUGGACUUCAAGCCCCUCAGAUGUGGAGCCAUCUGUCACGGUGACAGUAGACGAGGAAGGCUCAGGGGCUAUAGGUAGCCUGAGACUUCCUGGUGUAGGAACAGAAAAUGUGAAAGACUUCCACAUCAUGUUGGUUGAUAAAGACGACAACAUGACACCCUUUGUACCAGAGUAUCGUCCAUCUGGUACGUUUAACGUUGGAGAGCUGGUUGUUUUCCCGGUUGACACGGUGGUUGCCAAAGUAAAGAUACUUAUUGAGAAGACAAGUUCCCUUCUACCAGUUUCAACAAAAUUAUCCGUGAAGAAAUGUGUACCCGUCAGUGAAGGUACAACUCCAUCUGUGUGUGAGAUUGUUGAGGGCAUGGCGGACCCAACUGUCAUACCGGAUGAGAGCAUUUCCACAAACGACGAUAACACAGAUGUUAGCAAGUUGAGACCCACGAGUGAAGAACCGUACACGAGCCGCGCUCCCAGACCAAGUGUUACUGUAACACUGUCACCGAUCAGUGAGGUGCCCUUGGGAAGUGUUAGCCUGUUGCCAAAAUCUCCUGAGAGUAACAUCAAAAAGUUUACUGUGGAAAUUCAGCCGCUGGGAUCUGAAGAAUUUACGGCAUACGAAGGACCAGAAUCGCCUCUGAAGGAGAUUGACGGUACUGAGAGUCUGGUAUUCCCGCCUGAAGUUACAGCACAGCGCAUCAGAGUGAUCGUUUCUGAGAAGGUUGACCCUGAGUCCCCUGUGAACUUCAAACUUGAUGUCCGCGCCUGCUUUAAGACUACAACAACAACGCCAAGGGUUACACCAUUUACCAGUGUACAACCUCCUCCGGGAACACCGAGUGUGAUUUUGCCACCUGGUACACCAUCUGUAGUACAGCCACCUGUCACUCCAAGCGUGAUACUACCACCGCUGACACCGAGCGUCAAACCUCCUCCAGGAACACCGAGUGUGAUUUUGCCACCUGGUACCCCGACGGUGGUGACCUUGCCAAGCACAACUAGUUCGUUUACACCUGCUCCUUCUUGCCUGGAUGUAGAAGGUGUUGUAGGAGAAGACGUCCCUACAGAGAGUAUGUCCGUGUCUAGUAAUCAAGACCAAGUAGAUCUACUGGGACAGGAAGGUUCCUCCUGGACUUCAAGCCCCUCAGAUGUGGAGCCAUCUGUCACGGUGACAGUAGACGAGGAAGGCUCAGGGGCUAUAGGUAGCCUGAGACUUCCUGGUGUUGGAACAGAAAAUGUGAAAGACUUCCUCAUCAUGUUGGUUGAUAAAGACGACAACAUGACACCCUUUGUACCAGAGUAUCGUCCAUCUGGUGUAAGUACAACUCCGUCUGUGUGUGAGAUUGUUGAGGGCAUGGCGGACCCAACUGUCAUACCGGAUGAGAGCAUUUCCACAAACGACGAUAACACAGAUGUUAGCAAGUUGAGACCCACGAGUGAAGAACCGUACACGAGCCGCGCUCCCAGACCAAGUGUUACUGUAACACUGUCACCGAUCAGUGAGGUGCCCUUGGGAAGUGUUAGCCUGUUGCCAAAAUCUCCUGAGAGUAACAUCAAAAAGUUUACUGUGGAAAUUCAGCCGCUGGGAUCUGAAGAAUUUACGGCAUACGAAGGACCAGAAUCGCCUCUGAAGGAGAUUGACGGUACUGAGAGUCUGGUAUUCCCGCCUGAAGUUACAGCACAACGCAUCAGAGUGAUCGUUUCUGAGAAGGUUGACCCUGAGUCCCCUGUGAACUUCAAACUUGAUGUCCGCGCCUGCUUUAAGACCACAACAACAACGCCAAGGGUUACACCAUUUACCAGUGUACAACCUCCUCCGGGAACACCGAGUGUGAUUUUGCCACCUGGUACACCAUCUGUAGUACAGCCACCUGUCACUCCAAGCGUGAUACUACCACCGCUGACACCGAGCGUCAAACCUCCUCCAGGAACACCGAGUGUGAUUUUGCCACCUGGUACCCCGACGGUGGUGACCUUGCCAAGCACAACUAGUUCGUUUACACCUGCUCCUUCUUGCCUGGAUGUAGAAGGUGUUGUAGGAGAAGACGUCCCUACAGAGAGUAUGUCCGUGUCUAGUAAUCAAGACCAAGUAGAUCUACUGGGACAGGAAGGUUCCUCCUGGACUUCAAGCCCCUCAGAUGUGGAGCCAUCUGUCACGGUGACAGUAGACGAGGAAGGCUCAGGGGCUGUAGGUAGCCUGAGACUUCCUGGUGUAGGAACAGAAAAUGUGAAAGACUUCCUCAUCAUGUUGGUUGAUAAAGACGACAACAUGACACCCUUUGUACCAGAGUAUCGUCCAUCUGGUACGUUUAACGUUGGAGAGCUGGUUGUUUUCCCGGUUGACACGGUGGUUGCCAAAGUAAAGAUACUUAUUGAGAAGACAAGUCCCCUUCUACCAGUUUCAACACAAUUAUCCGUGAAGAAAUGUGUACCCGUCAGUGAAGGUACAACUCCGUCUGUGUGUGAGAUUGUUGAGGGCAUGGCGGACCCAACUGUCAUACCGGAUGAGAGCAUUUCCACAAACGACGAUAACACAGAUGUUAGCAAGUUGAGACCCACGAGUGAAGAACCGUACACGAGCCGCGCUCCCAGACCAAGUGUUACUGUAACACUGUCACCGAUCAGUGAGGUGCCCUUGGGAAGUGUUAGCCUGUUGCCAAAAUCUCCUGAGAGUAACAUCAAAAAGUUUACUGUGGAAAUUCAGCCGCUGGGAUCUGAAGAAUUUACGGCAUACGAAGGACCAGAAUCGCCUCUGAAGGAGAUUGACGGUACUGAGAGUCUGGUAUUCCCGCCUGAAGUUACAGCACAACGCAUCAGAGUGAUCGUUUCUGAGAAGGUUGACCCUGAGUCCCCUGUGAACUUCAAACUUGAUGUCCGCGCCUGCUUUAAGACCACAACAACAACGCCAAGGGUUACACCAUUUACCAGUGUACAACCUCCUCCGGGAACACCGAGUGUGAUUUUGCCACCUGGUACACCAUCUGUAGUACAGCCACCUGUCACUCCAAGCGUGAUACUACCACCGCUGACACCGAGCGUCAAACCUCCUCCAGGAACACCGAGUGUGAUUUUGCCACCUGGUACCCCGACGGUGGUGACCUUGCCAAGCACAACUAGUUCGUUUACACCUGCUCCUUCUUGCCUGGAUGUAGAAGGUGUUGUAGGAGAAGACGUCCCUACAGAGAGUAUGUCCGUGUCUAGUAAUCAAGACCAAGUAGAUCUACUGGGACAGGAAGGUUCCUCCUGGACUUCAAGCCCCUCAGAUGUGGAGCCAUCUGUCACGGUGACAGUAGACGAGGAAGGCUCAGGGGCUGUAGGUAGCCUGAGACUUCCUGGUGUAGGAACAGAAAAUGUGAAAGACUUCCUCAUCAUGUUGGUUGAUAAAGACGACAACAUGACACCCUUUGUACCAGAGUAUCGUCCAUCUGGUACGUUUAACGUUGGAGAGCUGGUUGUUUUCCCGGUUGACACGGUGGUUGCCAAAGUAAAGAUACUUAUUGAGAAGACAAGUCCCCUUCUACCAGUUUCAACACAAUUAUCCGUGAAGAAAUGUGUACCCGUCAGUGAAGGUACAACUCCGUCUGUGUGUGAGAUUGUUGAGGGCAUGGCGGACCCAACUGUCAUACCGGAUGAGAGCAUUUCCACAAACGACGAUAACACAGAUGUUAGCAAGUUGAGACCCACGAGUGAAGAACCGUACACGAGCCGCGCUCCCAGACCAAGUGUUACUGUAACACUGUCACCGAUCAGUGAGGUGCCCUUGGGAAGUGUUAGCCUGUUGCCAAAAUCUCCUGAGAGUAACAUCAAAAAGUUUACUGUGGAAAUUCAGCCGCUGGGAUCUGAAGAAUUUACGGCAUACGAAGGACCAGAAUCGCCUCUGAAGGAGAUUGACGGUACUGAGAGUCUGGUAUUCCCGCCUGAAGUUACAGCACAACGCAUCAGAGUGAUCGUUUCUGAGAAGGUUGACCCUGAGUCCCCUGUGAACUUCAAACUUGAUGUCCGCGCCUGCUUUAAGACCACAACAACAACGCCAAGGGUUACACCAUUUACCAGUUUACAACCUCCUCCGGGAACACCGAGUGUGAUUUUGCCACCUGGUACACCAUCUGUAGUACAGCCACCUGUCACUCCAAGCGUGAUACUACCACCGCUGACACCGAGCGUCAAACCUCCUCCAGGAACACCGAGUGUGAUUUUGCCACCUGGUACCCCGACGGUGGUGACCUUGCCAAGCACAACUAGUUCGUUUACACCUGCUCCUUCUUGCCUGGAUGUAGAAGGUGUUGUAGGAGAAGACGUCCCUACAGAGAGUAUGUCCGUGUCUAGUAAUCAAGACCAAGUAGAUCUACUGGGACAGGAAGGUUCCUCCUGGACUUCAAGCCCCUCAGAUGUGGAGCCAUCUGUCACGGUGACAGUAGACGAGGAAGGCUCAGGGGCUGUAGGUAGCCUGAGACUUCCUGGUGUUGGAACAGAAAAUGUGAAAGACUUCCUCAUCAUGUUGGUUGAUAAAGACGACAACAUGACACCCUUUGUACCAGAGUAUCGUCCAUCUGGUACGUUUAACGUUGGAGAGCUGGUUUUUUUUCCGGUUGACACGGUAGUUGCCAAAGUAAAGAUACUUAUUGAGAAGACAAGUCCCCUUCUACCAGUUUCAACAAAAUUAUCCGUGAAGAAAUGUGUACCCGUCAGUGAAGGUACAACUCCGUCUGUGUGUGAGAUUGUUGAGGGCAUGGCGGACCCAACUGUCAUACCGGAUGAGAGCAUUUCCACAAACGACGAUAACACAGAUGUUAGCAAGUUGAGACCCACGAGUGAAGAACCGUACACGAGCCGCGCUCCCAGACCAAGUGUUACUGUAACACUGUCACCGAUCAGUGAGGUGCCCUUGGGAAGUGUUAGCCUGUUGCCAAAAUCUCCUGAGAGUAACAUCAAAAAGUUUACUGUGGAAAUUCAGCCGCUGGGAUCUGAAGAAUUUACGGCAUACGAAGGACCAGAAUCGCCUCUGAAGGAGAUUGACGGUACUGAGAGUCUGGUAUUCCCGCCUGAAGUUACAGCACAACGCAUCAGAGUGAUCGUUUCUGAGAAGGUUGACCCUGAGUCCCCUGUGAACUUCAAACUUGAUGUCCGCGCGUGCUUUAAGACCACAACAACAACGCCAAGGGUUACACCAUUUACCAGUGUACAACCUCCUCCGGGAACACCGAGUGUGAUUUUGCCACCUGGUACACCAUCUGUAGUACAGCCACCUGUCACUCCAAGCGUGAUACUACCACCGCUGACACCGAGCGUCAAACCUCCUCCAGGAACACCGAGUGUGAUUUUGCCACCUGGUACCCCGGCGGUGGUGACCUUGCCAAGCACAACUAGUUCGUUUACACCUGCUCCUUCUUGCCUGGAUGUAGAAGGUGUUGUAGGAGAAGACGUCCCUACAGAGAGUAUGUCCGUGUCUAGUAAUCAAGACCAAGUAGAUCUACUGGGACAGGAAGGUUCCUCCUGGACUUCAAGCCCCUCAGAUGUGGAGCCAUCUGUCACGGUGACAGUAGACGAGGAAGGCUCAGGGGCUGUAGGUAGCCUGAGACUUCCUGGUGUAGGAACAGAAAAUGUGAAAGACUUCCACAUCAUGUUGGUUGAUAAAGACGACAACAUGACACCCUUUGUACCAGAGUAUCGUCCAUCUGGUACGUUUAACGUUGGAGAGCUGGUUGUUUUCCCGGUUGACACGGUGGUUGCCAAAGUAAAGAUACUUAUUGAGAAGACAAGUUCCCUUCUACCAGUUUCAACAAAAUUAUCCGUGAAGAAAUGUGUACCCGUCAGUGAAGGUACAACUCCAUCUGUGUGUGAGAUUGUUGAGGGCAUGGCGGACCCAACUGUCAUACCGGAUGAGAGCAUUUCCACAAACGACGAUAACACAGAUGUUAGCAAGUUGAGACCCACGAGUGAAGAACCGUACACGAGCCGCGCUCCCAGACCAAGUGUUACUGUAACACUGUCACCGAUCAGUGAGGUGCCCUUGGGAAGUGUUAGCCUGUUGCCAAAAUCUCCUGAGAGUAACAUCAAAAAGUUUACUGUGGAAAUUCAGCCGCUGGGAUCUGAAGAAUUUACGGCAUACGAAGGACCAGAAUCGCCUCUGAAGGAGAUUGACGGUACUGAGAGUCUGGUAUUCCCGCCUGAAGUUACAGCACAGCGCAUCAGAGUGAUCGUUUCUGAGAAGGUUGACCCUGAGUCCCCUGUGAACUUCAAACUUGAUGUCCGCGCCUGCUUUAAGACUACAACAACAACGCCAAGGGUUACACCAUUUACCAGUGUACAACCUCCUCCGGGAACACCGAGUGUGAUUUUGCCACCUGGUACACCAUCUGUAGUACAGCCACCUGUCACUCCAAGCGUGAUACUACCACCGCUGACACCGAGCGUCAAACCUCCUCCAGGAACACCGAGUGUGAUUUUGCCACCUGGUACCCCGACGGUGGUGACCUUGCCAAGCACAACUAGUUCGUUUACACCUGCUCCUUCUUGCCUGGAUGUAGAAGGUGUUGUAGGAGAAGACGUCCCUACAGAGAGUAUGUCCGUGUCUAGUAAUCAAGACCAAGUAGAUCUACUGGGACAGGAAGGUUCCUCCUGGACUUCAAGCCCCUCAGAUGUGGAGCCAUCUGUCACGGUGACAGUAGACGAGGAAGGCUCAGGGGCUGUAGGUAGCCUGAGACUUCCUGGUGUAGGAACAGAAAAUGUGAAAGACUUCCUCAUCAUGUUGGUUGAUAAAGACGACAACAUGACACCCUUUGUACCAGAGUAUCGUCCAUCUGGUACGUUUAACGUUGGAGAGCUGGUUGUUUUCCCGGUUGACACGGUGGUUGCCAAAGUAAAGAUACUUAUUGAGAAGACAAGUCCCCUUCUACCAGUUUCAACAAAAUUAUCCGUGAAGAAAUGUGUACCCGUCAGUGAAGGUACAACUCCGUCUGUGUGUGAGAUUGUUGAGGGCAUGGCGGACCCAACUGUCAUACCGGAUGAGAGCAUUUCCACAAACGACGAUAACACAGAUGUUAGCAAGUUGAGACCCACGAGUGAAGAACCGUACACGAGCCGCGCUCCCAGACCAAGUGUUACUGUAACACUGUCACCGAUCAGUGAGGUGCCCUUGGGAAGUGUUAGCCUGUUGCCAAAAUCUCCUGAGAGUAACAUCAAAAAGUUUACUGUGGAAAUUCAGCCGCUGGGAUCUGAAGAAUUUACGGCAUACGAAGGACCAGAAUCGCCUCUGAAGGAGAUUGACGGUACUGAGAGUCUGGUAUUCCCGCCUGAAGUUACAGCACAACGCAUCAGAGUGAUCGUUUCUGAGAAGGUUGACCCUGAGUCCCCUGUGAACUUCAAACUUGAUGUCCGCGCGUGCUUUAAGACCACAACAACAACGCCAAGGGUUACACCAUUUACCAGUGUACAACCUCCUCCGGGAACACCGAGUGUGAUUUUGCCACCUGGUACACCAUCUGUAGUACAGCCACCUGUCACUCCAAGCGUGAUACUACCACCGCUGACACCGAGCGUCAAACCUCCUCCAGGAACACCGAGUGUGAUUUUGCCACCUGGUACCCCGGCGGUGGUGACCUUGCCAAGCACAACUAGUUCGUUUACACCUGCUCCUUCUUGCCUGGAUGUAGAAGGUGUUGUAGGAGAAGACGUCCCUACAGAGAGUAUGUCCGUGUCUAGUAAUCAAGACCAAGUAGAUCUACUGGGACAGGAAGGUUCCUCCUGGACUUCAAGCCCCUCAGAUGUGGAGCCAUCUGUCACGGUGACAGUAGACGAGGAAGGCUCAGGGGCUGUAGGUAGCCUGAGACUUCCUGGUGUAGGAACAGAAAAUGUGAAAGACUUCCACAUCAUGUUGGUUGAUAAAGACGACAACAUGACACCCUUUGUACCAGAGUAUCGUCCAUCUGGUACGUUUAACGUUGGAGAGCUGGUUGUUUUCCCGGUUGACACGGUGGUUGCCAAAGUAAAGAUACUUAUUGAGAAGACAAGUUCCCUUCUACCAGUUUCAACAAAAUUAUCCGUGAAGAAAUGUGUACCCGUCAGUGAAGGUACAACUCCAUCUGUGUGUGAGAUUGUUGAGGGCAUGGCGGACCCAACUGUCAUACCGGAUGAGAGCAUUUCCACAAACGACGAUAACACAGAUGUUAGCAAGUUGAGACCCACGAGUGAAGAACCGUACACGAGCCGCGCUCCCAGACCAAGUGUUACUGUAACACUGUCACCGAUCAGUGAGGUGCCCUUGGGAAGUGUUAGCCUGUUGCCAAAAUCUCCUGAGAGUAACAUCAAAAAGUUUACUGUGGAAAUUCAGCCGCUGGGAUCUGAAGAAUUUACGGCAUACGAAGGACCAGAAUCGCCUCUGAAGGAGAUUGACGGUACUGAGAGUCUGGUAUUCCCGCCUGAAGUUACAGCACAGCGCAUCAGAGUGAUCGUUUCUGAGAAGGUUGACCCUGAGUCCCCUGUGAACUUCAAACUUGAUGUCCGCGCCUGCUUUAAGACUACAACAACAACGCCAAGGGUUACACCAUUUACCAGUGUACAACCUCCUCCGGGAACACCGAGUGUGAUUUUGCCACCUGGUACACCAUCUGUAGUACAGCCACCUGUCACUCCAAGCGUGAUACUACCACCGCUGACACCGAGCGUCAAACCUCCUCCAGGAACACCGAGUGUGAUUUUGCCACCUGGUACCCCGACGGUGGUGACCUUGCCAAGCACAACUAGUUCGUUUACACCUGCUCCUUCUUGCCUGGAUGUAGAAGGUGUUGUAGGAGAAGACGUCCCUACAGAGAGUAUGUCCGUGUCUAGUAAUCAAGACCAAGUAGAUCUACUGGGACAGGAAGGUUCCUCCUGGACUUCAAGCCCCUCAGAUGUGGAGCCAUCUGUCACGGUGACAGUAGACGAGGAAGGCUCAGGGGCUGUAGGUAGCCUGAGACUUCCUGGUGUAGGAACAGAAAAUGUGAAAGACUUCCUCAUCAUGUUGGUUGAUAAAGACGACAACAUGACACCCUUUGUACCAGAGUAUCGUCCAUCUGGUACGUUUAACGUUGGAGAGCUGGUUGUUUUCCCGGUUGACACGGUGGUUGCCAAAGUAAAGAUACUUAUUGAGAAGACAAGUCCCCUUCUACCAGUUUCAACAAAAUUAUCCGUGAAGAAAUGUGUACCCGUCAGUGAAGGUACAACUCCGUCUGUGUGUGAGAUUGUUGAGGGCAUGGCGGACCCAACUGUCAUACCGGAUGAGAGCAUUUCCACAAACGACGAUAACACAGAUGUUAGCAAGUUGAGACCCACGAGUGAAGAACCGUACACGAGCCGCGCUCCCAGACCAAGUGUUACUGUAACACUGUCACCGAUCAGUGAGGUGCCCUUGGGAAGUGUUAGCCUGUUGCCAAAAUCUCCUGAGAGUAACAUCAAAAAGUUUACUGUGGAAAUUCAGCCGCUGGGAUCUGAAGAAUUUACGGCAUACGAAGGACCAGAAUCGCCUCUGAAGGAGAUUGACGGUACUGAGAGUCUGGUAUUCCCGCCUGAAGUUACAGCACAGCGCAUCAGAGUGAUCGUUUCUGAGAAGGUUGACCCUGAGUCCCCUGUGAACUUCAAACUUGAUGUCCGCGCCUGCUUUAAGACCACAACAACAACGCCAAGGGUUACACCAUUUACCAGUGUACACCCUCCUCCGGGAACACCGAGUGUGAUUUUGCCACCUGGUACACCAUCUGUAGUACAGCCACCUGUCACUCCAAGCGUGAUACUACCACCGCUGACACCGAGCGUCAAACCUCCUCCAGGAACACCGAGUGUGAUUUUGCCACCUGGUACCCCGACGGUGGUGACCUUGCCAAGCACAACUAGUUCGUUUACACCUGCUCCUUCUUGCCUGGAUGUAGAAGGUGUUGUAGGAGAAGACGUCCCUACAGAGAGUAUGUCCGUGUCUAGUAAUCAAGACCAAGUAGAUCUACUGGGACAGGAAGGUUCCUCCUGGACUUCAAGCCCCUCAGAUGUGGAGCCAUCUGUCACGGUGACAGUAGACGAGGAAGGCUCAGGGGCUGUAGGUAGCCUGAGACUUCCUGGUGUAGGAACAGAAAAUGUGAAAGACUUCCUCAUCAUGUUGGUUGAUAAAGACGACAACAUGACACCCUUUGUACCAGAGUAUCGUCCAUCUGGUACGUUUAACGUUGGAGAGCUGGUUGUUUUCCCGGUUGACACGGUGGUUGCCAAAGUAAAGAUACUUAUUGAGAAGACAAGUCCCCUUCUACCAGUUUCAACAAAAUUAUCCGUGAAGAAAUGUGUACCCGUCAGUGAAGGUACAACUCCGUCUGUGUGUGAGAUUGUUGAGGGCAUGGCGGACCCAACUGUCAUACCGGAUGAGAGCAUUUCCACAAACGAAGAUAACACAGAUGUUAGCAAGUUGAGACCCACGAGUGAAGAACCGUACACGAGCCGCGCUCCCAGACCAAGUGUUACUGUAACACUGUCACCGAUCAGUGAGGUGCCCUUGGGAAGUGUUAGCCUGUUGCCAAAAUCUCCUGAGAGUAACAUCAAAAAGUUUACUGUGGAAAUUCAGCCGCUGGGAUCUGAAGAAUUUACGGCAUACGAAGGACCAGAAUCGCCUCUGAAGGAGAUUGACGGUACUGAGAGUCUGGUAUUCCCGCCUGAAGUUACAGCACAACGCAUCAGAGUGAUCGUUUCUGAGAAGGUUGACCCUGAGUCCCCUGUGAACUUCAAACUUGAUGUCCGCGCCUGCUUUAAGACUACAACAACGCCAAGGGUUACACCAUUUACCAGUGUACAACCUCCUCCGGGAACACCGAGUGUGAUUUUGCCACCUGGUACACCAUCUGUAGUACAGCCACCUGCCACUCCAAGCGUGAUACUACCACCGCUGACACCGAGCGUCAAACCUCCUCCAGGAACACCGAGUGUGAUUUUGCCACCUGCUACACCAACAACAGGGGUAACAACACGAACAACCCCUGGUGUCUUGUCCGGUACAGCCCCACCGAGCCUUGUACCGCCUACAUUUACAUCAGGCAUCAAACCUCCUCUGGUAACACCGAGUGUGAUUGUGCCCACAGGAACACCAUCAGUAGUACAGCCACCUACAACAGCUACACGAUCUCUGUGUGAGAUUAUUGAUGGUAUGGCGGACCCAACUUUCAUACCAAAUAAAGGCAUUUCCACAAACGACAAUAAGACAGAUGUUACCAAGCUAAGACCCACAAGUGAAGAACCGUACACAAGCAGUGUUGCCAGACCAAGUGUAAUCGUUACACUGUCACCGACGAUUGAGGUGACCUUGGGAAGUGUAAGCCUGUUGCCAAAAUCUCCUGAGAGUAAUAUCAAAAAGUUUACUGUGGAAAUUCAGCCGCUGGGAUCUGAAGAAUUUACGGCAUACGAAGGACCAGAAUCGCCACUGAAGGAGAUUGACGGUACGGAGAGUCUGGUAUUCCCGCCUGAAGUUACAGCACAACGCAUCAGAGUGAUCGUUACAGAGAAGGUUGACCCUGAGUCUCCUGUGAACUUCAAACUUGAUGUCCGCGCCUGCUUUAAGACUACUACCACGCCGACUGUGUGUCAGAUUGUUGACGGCAUGGCGGACCCAACUGUCAUACCAGAUGAGAGCAUUUCCACAAACGACGAUAAGACAGAUGUUACCAAGCUGAGACCGACGAGUAAAGUACCGUACACAAGCAGUGUUGCCAGACCAAGUGUAAUCGUAACACUGUCACCGACGAGUGAGGUGACCUUGGGAAGUGUUAGCCUGUUGCCAAAAUCUCCUGAGAGUAAUAUCAAGAAGUUUACUGUGGAAAUUCAGCCGCUGGGAUCUGAAGAAUUUACGGCAUACGAAGGACCAGAAUCGCCACUGAAGGAGAUUGACGGUACGGAGAAUCUGGUAUUCCCGCCUGAAGUUACAGCACAACGCAUCAGAGUGAUCGUUACAGAGAAGGUUGACCCUGAGUCUCCUGUGAACUUCAAACUUGAUGUCCGCGCCUGCUUUAAGACUACCACAACAACACCAAGGAUUACACCAGUCACCAGUGUACAACUUCCUCCGGGAACACCAAGUGUGAUUUUGCCACCUGGUACACCAUCAGUAGUACAGCCACCUGCCCCUCCAAGUGUGGUACCACCACCGUUGACACCUAGCGUCAAACCUCCAAUGGGUACACCGAGUGUGAUUUUGCCACCUGGUACACCAUCGGUAGUACAGCCACCUAUAGCUACCACGCCGACUGUGUGUCAGAUUGUUGACGGCAUGGCGGACCCAACUGUCAUACCAGAUGAGAGCAUUUCCACAAACGACGAUAAGACAGAUGUUACCAAGCUGAGACCGACGAAUAAAGUACCGUACACAAGCAGUGUUGCCAGACCAAGUGUAAUCGUAACACUGUCACCGACGAGUGAGGUGCCCUUGGGAAGUGUUAGCCUGUUGCCAAAAUCUCCUGAGAGUAAUAUCAAAAAGUUUACUGUGGAAAUUCAGCCGCUGGGAUCUGAAGAAUUUACGGCAUACGAAGGACCAGAAUCGCCACUGAAGGAGAUUGACGGUACGGAGAAUCUGGUAUUCCCGCCUGAAGUUACAGCACAACGCAUCAGAGUGAUCGUUACAGAGAAGGUUGACCCUGAGUCUCCUGUGAACUUCAAACUUGAUGUCCGCGCCUGCUUUAAGACUACUACCACGCCGACUGUGUGUCAGAUUGUUGACGGCAUGGCGGACCCAACUGUCAUACCAGAUAAGAGCAUUUCCACAAACGACGAUAAGACAGAUGUUACCAAGCUGAGACCGACGAGUAAAGUACCGUACACAAGCAGUGUUGCCAGACCAAGUGUAAUCGUAACACUGUCACCGACGAGUGAGGUGACCUUGGGAAGUGUUAGCCUGUUGCCAAAAUCUCCUGAGAGUAAUAUCAAGAAGUUUACUGUGGAAAUUCAGCCGCUGGGAUCUGAAGAAUUUACGGCAUACGAAGGACCAGAAUCGCCACUGAAGGAGAUUGACGGUACGGAGAAUCUGGUAUUCCCGCCUGAAGUUACAGCACAACGCAUCAGAGUGAUCGUUACAGAGAAGGUUGACCCUGAGUCUCCUGUGAACUUCAAACUUGAUGUCCGCGCCUGCUUUAAGACUACUACCACGCCGACUGUGUGUCAGAUUGUUGACGGCAUGGCGGACCCAACUGUCAUACCAGAUGAGAGCAUUUCCACAAACGACGAUAAGACAGAUGUUACCAAGCUGAGACCGACGAAUAAAGUACCGUACACAAGCAGUGUUGCCAGACCAAGUGUAAUCGUAACACUGUCACCGACGAGUGAGGUGCCCUUGGGAAGUGUUAGCCUGUUGCCAAAAUCUCCUGAGAGUAAUAUCAAAAAGUUUACUGUGGAAAUUCAGCCGCUGGGAUCUGAAGAAUUUACGGCAUACGAAGGACCAGAAUCGCCACUGAAGGAGAUUGACGGUACGGAGAAUCUGGUAUUCCCGCCUGAAGUUACAGCACAACGCAUCAGAGUGAUCGUUACAGAGAAGGUUGACCCUGAGUCUCCUGUGAACUUCAAACUUGAUGUCCGCGCCUGCUUUAAGACUACUACCACGCCGACUGUGUGUCAGAUUGUUGACGGCAUGGCGGACCCAACUGUCAUACCAGAUGAGAGCAUUUCCACAAACGACGAUAAGACAGAUGUUACCAAGCUGAGACCGACGAAUAAAGUACCGUACACAAGCAGUGUUGCCAGACCAAGUGUAAUCGUAACACUGUCACCGACGAGUGAGGUGCCCUUGGGAAGUGUUAGCCUGUUGCCAAAAUCUCCUGAGAGUAAUAUCAAAAAGUUUACUGUGGAAAUUCAGCCGCUGGGAUCUGAAGAAUUUACGGCAUACGAAGGACCAGAAUCGCCACUGAAGGAGAUUGACGGUACGGAGAAUCUGGUAUUCCCGCCUGAAGUUACAGCACAACGCAUCAGAGUGAUCGUUACAGAGAAGGUUGACCCUGAGUCUCCUGUGAACUUCAAACUUGAUGUCCGCGCCUGCUUUAAGACUACUACCACGCCGACUGUGUGUCAGAUUGUUGACGGCAUGGCGGACCCAACUGUCAUACCAGAUAAGAGCAUUUCCACAAACGACGAUAAGACAGAUGUUACCAAGCUGAGACCGACGAGUAAAGUACCGUACACAAGCAGUGUUGCCAGACCAAGUGUAAUCGUAACACUGUCACCGACGAGUGAGGUGACCUUGGGAAGUGUUAGCCUGUUGCCAAAAUCUCCUGAGAGUAAUAUCAAGAAGUUUACUGUGGAAAUUCAGCCGCUGGGAUCUGAAGAAUUUACGGCAUACGAAGGACCAGAAUCGCCACUGAAGGAGAUUGACGGUACAGAGAGUCUGGUAUUCCCGCCUGAAGUUACAGCACAACGCAUCAGAGUGAUCGUUACAGAGAAGGUUGACCCUGAGUCUCCUGUGAACUUCAAACUUGAUGUCCGCGCCUGCUUUAAGACUACUACCACGCGGACUGUGUGUCAGAUUGUUGACGGCAUGGCGGACCCAACUGUCAUACCAGAUGAGAGCAUUUCCACAAACGACGAUAAGACAGAUGUUACCAAGCUGAGACCGACGAGUAAAGUACCGUACACAAGCAGUGUUGCCAGACCAAGUGUAAUCGUAACACUGUCACCGACGAGUGAGGUGACCUUGGGAAGUGUUAGCCUGUUGCCAAAAUCUCCUGAGAGUAAUAUCAAAAAGUUUACUGUGGAAAUUCAGCCGCUGGGAUCUGAAGAAUUUACGGCAUACGAAGGACCAGAAUCGCCACUGAAGGAGAUUGACGGUACGGAGAAUCUGGUAUUCCCGCCUGAAGUUACAGCACAAACGCAUCAGAGUGAUCGUUACAGAGAAGCCACAACAACACCAAGGAUUACACCAGUCACCAGUGUACAACUUCCUCCGGGAACACCAAGUGUGAUUUUGCCACCUGGUACACCAUCAGUACUACAGCCACCUGCCCCUCCAAGUGUGGUACCACCACCGUUGACACCUAGCGUCAAACCUCCAAUGGGUACACCGAGUGUGAUUUUGCCACCUGGUACACCAUCAGUAGUACAGCCACCUAUAGCUACCACGCCGACUGUGUGUCAGAUUGUUGACGGCAUGGCGGACCCAACUGUCAUACCAGAUGAGAGCAUUUCCACAAACGACGAUAAGACAGAUGUUACCAAGCUGAGACCGACGAGUAAAGUACCGUACACAAGCAGUGUUGCCAGACCAAGUGUAAUCGUAACACUGUCACCGACGAGUGAGGUGACCUUGGGAAGUGUUAGCCUGUUGCCAAAAUCUCCUGAGAGUAAUAUCAAAAAGUUUACUGUGGAAAUUCAGCCGCUGGGAUCUGAAGAAUUUACGGCAUACGAAGGACCAGAAUCGCCACUGAAGGAGAUUGACGGUACGGAGAAUCUGGUAUUCCCGCCUGAAGUUACAGCACAACGCAUCAGAGUGAUCGUUACAGAGAAGGUUGACCCUGAGUCUCCUGUGAACUUCAAACUUGAUGUCCGCGCCUGCUUUAAGACUACUACCACGCCGACUGUGUGUCAGAUUGUUGACGGCAUGGCGGACCCAACUGUCAUACCAGAUAAGAGCAUUUCCACAAACGACGAUAAGACAGAUGUUACCAAGCUGAGACCGACGAGUAAAGUACCGUACACAAGCAGUGUUGCCAGACCAAGUGUAAUCGUAACACUGUCACCGACGAGUGAGGUGACCUUGGGAAGUGUUAGCCUGUUGCCAAAAUCUCCUGAGAGUAAUAUCAAGAAGUUUACUGUGGAAAUUCAGCCGCUGGGAUCUGAAGAAUUUACGGCAUACGAAGGACCAGAAUCGCCACUGAAGGAGAUUGACGGUACGGAGAAUCUGGUAUUCCCGCCUGAAGUUACAGCACAACGCAUCAGAGUGAUCGUUACAGAGAAGGUUGACCCUGAGUCUCCUGUGAACUUCAAACUUGAUGUCCGCGCCUGCUUUAAGACUACCACAACAACACCAAGGAUUACACCAGUCACCAGUGUACAACUUCCUCCGGGAACACCAAGUGUGAUUUUGCCACCUGGUACACCAUCAGUAGUACAGCCACCUGCCCCUCCAAGUGUGGUACCACCACCGUUGACACCUAGCGUCAAACCUCCAAUGGGUACACCGAGUGUGAUUUUGCCACCUGGUACACCAUCGGUAGUACAGCCACCUAUAGCUACCACGCCGACUGUGUGUCAGAUUGUUGACGGCAUGGCGGACCCAACUGUCAUACCGGAUGAGAGCAUUUCCACAAACGACGAUAAGACAGAUGUUACCAAGCUGAGACCGACGAGUAAAGUACCGUACACAAGCAGUGUUGCCAGACCAAGUGUAAUCGUAACACUGUCACCGACGAGUGAGGUGCCCUUGGGAAGUGUUAGCCUGUUGCCAAAAUCUCCUGAGAGUAAUAUCAAGAAGUUUACUGUGGAAAUUCAGCCGCUGGGAUCUGAAGAAUUUACGGCAUACGAAGGACCAGAAUCGCCACUGAAGGAGAUUGACGGUACAGAGAGUCUGGUAUUCCCGCCUGAAGUUACAGCACAACGCAUCAGAGUGAUCGUUACAGAGAAGGUUGACCCUGAGUCUCCUGUGAACUUUAAACUUGAUGUCCGCGCCUGCUUUAAGACUACUACCACGCCGACUGUGUGUCAGAUUGUUGACGGCAUGGCGGACCCAACUGUCAUACCAGAUGAGAGCAUUUCCACAAACGACGAUAAGACAGAUGUUACCAAGCUGAGACCGACGAGUAAAGUACCGUACACAAGCAGUGUUGCCAGACCAAGUGUAAUCGUAACACUGUCACCGACGAGUGAGGUGACCUUGGGAAGUGUUAGCCUGUUGCCAAAAUCUCCUGAGAGUAAUAUCAAAAAGUUUACUGUGGAAAUUCAGCCGCUGAGAUCUGAAGAAUUUACGGCAUACGAAGGACCAGAAUCGCCACUGAAGGAGAUUGACGGUACAGAGAAUCUGGUAUUCCCGCCUGAAGUUACAGCACAACGCAUCAGGGUGAUCGUUACAGAGAAGGUUGACCCUGAGUCUCCUGUGAACUUCAAACUUGAUGUCCGCGCCUGCUUUAAGACUACCACAACAACACCAAGGAUUACACCAGUCACCAGUGUACAACUUCCUCCGGGAACACCAAGUGUGAUUUUGCCACCUGGUACACCAUCAGUACUACAGCCACCUGCCCCUCCAAGUGUGGUACCACCACCGUUGACACCUAGCGUCAAACCUCCAAUGGGUACACCGAGUGUGAUUUUGCCACCUGGUACACCAUCAGUAGUACAGCCACCUAUAGCUACCACGCCGACUGUGUGUCAGAUUGUUGACGGCAUGGCGGACCCAACUGUCAUACCGGAUGAGAGCAUUUCCACAAACGACGAUAAGACAGAUGUUACCAAGCUGAGACCGACGAGUAAAGUACCGUACACAAGCAGUGUUGCCAGACCAAGUGUAAUCGUAACACUGUCACCGACGAGUGAGGUGCCCUUGGGAAGUGUUAGCCUGUUGCCAAAAUCUCCUGAGAGUAAUAUCAAGAAGUUUACUGUGGAAAUUCAGCCGCUGGGAUCUGAAGAAUUUACGGCAUACGAAGGACCAGAAUCGCCACUGAAGGAGAUUGACGGUACAGAGAGUCUGGUAUUCCCGCCUGAAGUUACAGCACAACGCAUCAGAGUGAUCGUUACAGAGAAGGUUGACCCUGAGUCUCCUGUGAACUUUAAACUUGAUGUCCGCGCCUGCUUUAAGACUACUACCACGCCGACUGUGUGUCAGAUUGUUGACGGCAUGGCGGACCCAACUGUCAUACCAGAUGAGAGCAUUUCCACAAACGACGAUAAGACAGAUGUUACCAAGCUGAGACCGACGAGUAAAGUACCGUACACAAGCAGUGUUGCCAGACCAAGUGUAAUCGUAACACUGUCACCGACGAGUGAGGUGACCUUGGGAAGUGUUAGCCUGUUGCCAAAAUCUCCUGAGAGUAAUAUCAAAAAGUUUACUGUGGAAAUUCAGCCGCUGAGAUCUGAAGAAUUUACGGCAUACGAAGGACCAGAAUCGCCACUGAAGGAGAUUGACGGUACAGAGAAUCUGGUAUUCCCGCCUGAAGUUACAGCACAACGCAUCAGGGUGAUCGUUACAGAGAAGGUUGACCCUGAGUCUCCUGUGAACUUCAAACUUGAUGUCCGCGCCUGCUUUAAGACUACCACAACAACACCAAGGAUUACACCAGUCACCAGUGUACAACUUCCUCCGGGAACACCAAGUGUGAUUUUGCCACCUGGUACACCAUCAGUAGUACAGCCACCUGCCCCUCCAAGUGUGGUACCACCACCGUUGACACCUAGCGUCAAACCUCCAAUGGGUACACCGAGUGUGAUUUUGCCACCUGGUACACCAUCGGUAGUACAGCCACCUAUAGCUACCACGCCGACUGUGUGUCAGAUUGUUGACGGCAUGGCGGACCCAACUGUCAUACCGGAUGAGAGCAUUUCCACAAACGACGAUAAGACAGAUGUUACCAAGCUGAGACCGACGAGUAAAGUACCGUACACAAGCAGUGUUGCCAGACCAAGUGUAAUCGUAACACUGUCACCGACGAGUGAGGUGCCCUUGGGAAGUGUUAGCCUGUUGCCAAAAUCUCCUGAGAGUAAUAUCAAGAAGUUUACUGUGGAAAUUCAGCCGCUGGGAUCUGAAGAAUUUACGGCAUACGAAGGACCAGAAUCGCCACUGAAGGAGAUUGACGGUACAGAGAGUCUGGUAUUCCCGCCUGAAGUUACAGCACAACGCAUCAGAGUGAUCGUUACAGAGAAGGUUGACCCUGAGUCUCCUGUGAACUUUAAACUUGAUGUCCGCGCCUGCUUUAAGACUACUACCACGCCGACUUUGUGUCAGAUUGUUGACGGCAUGGCGGACCCAACUGUCAUACCAGAUGAGAGCAUUUCCACAAACGACGAUAAGACAGAUGUUACCAAGCUGAGACCGACGAGUAAAGUACCGUACACAAGCAGUGUUGCCAGACCAAGUGUAAUCGUUACACUGUCACCGACGAGUGAGGUGACCUUGGGAAGUGUUAGCCUGUUGCCAAAAUCUCCUGAGAGUAAUAUCAAAAAGUUUACUGUGGAAAUUCAGCCGCUGGGAUCUGAAGAGUUUACGGCAUACGAAGGACCAGAAUCGUCACUGAAGGAGAUUGACGGUACAGAGAGUCUGGUAUUCCCGCCUGAAGUUACAGCACAACGCAUCAGAGUGUUCGUUACAGAGAAGGUUGACCCUGAGUCUCCUGUGAACUUCAAACUUGAUGUCCGCGCUUGCUUUAAGACUACUACCACGCCGACUGUGUGUCAGAUUGUUGACGGCAUGGCGGACCCAACUGUCAUACCGGAUGAGAGCAUUUCCACAAACGACGAUAAGACAGAUGUUACCAAGCUGAGACCGACGAGUAAAGUACCGUACACAAGCAGUGUUGCCAGACCAAGUGUAAUCGUAACACUGUCACCGACGAGUGAGGUGACCUUGGGAAGUGUUAGCCUGUUGCCGAAAUCACCAGACAGUAAUAUCAAAAAGUUUACUGUGGAAAUUCAGCCGCUGGGAUCUGAAGAAUUUACGGCAUACGAAGGACCAGAAUCGCCACUGAAGGAAUUCGACGGUACGGAGAGUCUGGUGUUCCCACCUGAAGUUACAGCAGAGCGCAUCAGAGUGAUCGUUACAGAGAAGGUUGACCCUGAGUCUCCUGUGAACUUCAAACUUGAUGUUCGUGCCUGUUUUUCCAGUACGCCACCUGUCGUUUCUUCGUGGACUCCAUGGUCUGACUGUUCUGUCACGUGCGGAGAAGGCACUCGUUCACGAUUUAGAACCUCCACCACAUCAGAGCUCGAAAUAGAUGAGGAAAACUGCGAGGUAGCUCCUUGUUCUUGUGUUUUCCUCCAGGAUGAGUUUGUACGAAACUUCGGCUACAAGGCGCCCAGUCCACUAGGCUGGAUCGAAAAAGAUGGCUUCGAGGGUCUAACCAAUCAAACAGAGGCCGUGGAACUGGAUGACGAGAUCGAGGACGGCGUUGUUGUGCAUGUCGAUUGCAAUGAAUGCUCAUGUGAUAACGGGGCAAUGCACUGUUCGAACGCCACAUGCAGUGACGACUGUCGCUACACUGAAUGGUCUUCGUGGUCCUCCUGCUCCAAAUCAUGUGACGUAGGUCAAAGGUCGAGAACACGUGAUGCCAUUCCUGGAUCCCUGGCCGGCAAACCGUGCAUUGAAGAGACUCGCGAAGUAGAGGACUGCAUACCGCCCGAAUGGUCGCCUUGGGCACCGUGGGGCGAGUGCUCCGCGUCUUGCAAUGGCGGAGUGAUAACCAGAACGAGGCUGUGUAACGCAUCCGGAAUUGUGACAAAGGACAACGACUGUGUAGGAGAGGCGUUAGAGUCGAUGAGUUGCAAUACGGAUCCAUGUGUUACGCCCAAUGUGGUACCUUCAUGCGACGGCGGGAAAGUCUACAAGAACUGCUCAGAGAGUUGUCCACGAACCUGCCAGGAACUGCGCAUGUCCGCUAUCUGCAUCGAACCCGAGGCAUGCGAGCCCGGAUGUAGUUGCAAGGAGGGAGAAGUGGAAUACAGGGGUCAGUGUAUCCUGGAGACUAACUGCCCCUGCUAUGACGAACAGGGUAACGAGGUGCCCGAGGGUAUCGAGGUCAGGAAUUCACCCUGCGAAGUCUGCACUUGUAAAAUGGGAGAACUGGUGUGCUCUGAAAAACCAAACUGCAAAGCACCUUGCCUUCAGACCGAAUGGACGCCUUGGGGAGAGUGCAGCGCCACCUGUGGGGAAGGAACAAAAGCUCGAUAUAGGGCAUGGGUUAAGCCUAACAAACCUGGAGAACUGGAGGAGUGCGGUAAACAGGAAGUGGAGACUACAAACUGUACCAUUAUGGACUGUCCACCGGCAUGUUUCAUGGACAAUUCUACCUUCAAAAUAGGAGAGCUGGUUAGUGAAGAUAAAUGCACGACUUGUUACUGCAGAGAGGCUGCUGGAAUCAUCUGUAGCGACAAAGAGUCUGCAAUUGUCGACGGUGGUUAUAAGGACUGGACAGACUGGAGUGAAUGCAAUUCCGAGUGCGGACUCGGUGUUCAGUACAGGAACCGGACAUGCAAUAAUCCGUUACCGAGCUGCGGUGGGAAGCCCUGCAGCGGUCCAAACUUCGAAGAGAGGGAGUGCAACUCCAGCGUGCCAUGCUGCGAAAUUAGUGACUGGGGCGAAUGGACGGAAUGUUCUGCCUCUUGUGACGGCGGCGUCCAGAUUAGGGCGAAGACAGCAAACUUUGAGGAUUGCCAACUGCCCGAUCCCGAAACUAGGCCAUGUAAUACCCUCCCUUGUAAUGAAACUUGCGUCACUACCGAAUGGAGUGAAUGGAGCGCGUGCUCAGCUGAGUGCGGGUUGGGCAAUAUGACCAGGUCACGUGACUACAAAGGAGAGAAUGGCACGACGAAGUGUUCAGAUGAGCUGACGGAAACUGCACCUUGCAUGAUUAAAGACUGUGUUUGUGGAGAUGAUAACGAAGUCUGGUCUAAAAACACAACGUGCGAAAGGACCUGUGAAGACAGAUACAAUGUACAAGACCCAGUACAAUGUGUCGACGACAGCAGGGACUGUAUGUGUGCUGAAGGAUUCUACAGAAAAGACGGGAAAUGCGUGAACUCGACGACGUGCAAUGAGUGCAGCGUUAACGGGGAGACGAAACAGGGCGGAGAAAUGUGGACGAAAGUCAACGACAAAUGUUACGUCUGUGAGUGUGUGGCCAGCCAUGUGAUCUGCUCGCGGGAAUGCGAGAUACCGACUUGUGAAGAGGGAGAGGAACUGAGCUACGACGUGCCAAACCCUUGCUGCCCCAGGUGUAUACCUGUUCCAGUUACCUGUUCGCUGCACGUGCGCCAGGACUACCUAGUUGACGAGAUCUCGGGCUGUCGCUCUGUAGAACAAGUUGCCAUCACGUCUUGUGCCGGAGGUUGCGGAACCUCGUCUUCUUCUCCACUGCUGAUGAUGUCACGUGACAUGGCAGCCACUCAGAACUCCUGUGAGUGUUGCACGGGCGAGGUAGCCGAGGUCAAAGCCGUUACCGUUGAGUGUGGCGAGGAGAGGGCCCGGCAGGAAGCCUUUUACCCCAUCCUCAAGGGAUGUUCAUGCAACCAGUGUUUAGGCGACGUAAGUAUCCCUUGUGAUCGUGACGAUCCGGGCAAGCGUUGCAGAGUGUCGUAA